GUUAUCCUAAACGGACAGUACGAAUGCUUAUUUGGAUAAAGUGUUACCCGAACGGAAUAAAUAUCAACAUUAUGUAUUUCAGUCAUAGAUUUUUAAAAGAUUUCAGACGUUUAGAAUACAUUUACAUUUUUAGUGUCUUUUUUGUUGCUAUUUUUUUUCUUCAUGUAAUUCAUUGUUCAAAGUACAUCAUUAUAUUGCGGAUGGUGGAUGCCAGAGAAGAGAGGCGUGUGAUAGCCGAUUGGAAUAGUUCAGUUAGUCAUUCACUAGAGCCUGUAGAGUAAAAUACAACUUUGGAUAAAAAAACAAAAACGACGUCACAGACAAAGUGGUUUGAAGUGAUAACACUUGUGCUUUUGGAAAUAAGUAAAUUAUUAUGUAAAAUUUGUUCAAAAUAUAAAAAAAAAUCUACGCAAGGCGAUCUUUAACAAAUAAAUGAUGGAAUUAUGUGAAACUGGUAUUAAUAUUUGAUACAAUUAAAGAGGGAACUUAGAAUAAAGAAGUAGUUCGAAAAUGAAAACAGGAAAGAAAGUUCUCUGAACAAGCGUGUAUGGGGGAAAUAAUUAAGAAUAAACAAAAUGAAUGAGAGAGAAACUAUGGAAUAUUUCUUUUAAUAUAUUAAUUUGAUCGAUUACAAAAAAAAGAAAUAAAGUAUUAUGAAUGUGAUACCAAACAACGAACUACAAUCAUGGAUUUUAUAAUGUAUUUGGUGUUUAUUCUGCUAUCAUUGGAUCAAGUCUUAAAUGCACCUCACGGACGCCGUCGAAAACUUCAACCAACAUUCCUACCAACACCAAAAGAUAUCAUUGUUCAUCGGGGAGAAUUAGCGGUUCUUAAAUGCCAUAUCAAAGAUGUGGGACCAAAAAAGAUGUCACAUUUUCAGGUUGUAUGGCGGAAAGAAUCAAGCGACGUUCCGUUGACGAUUGGUGAAACAAUUUUCUCGCCAGAGAGUAACAUGGCAAUUCAAGUACACAAAAUAUCAGAACAUGUGAUCCAGUAUGACCUCAUAAUAAAGGAUGUUGAAACAAAGCACAAUGGAACAUAUCUAUGUCAAGUGACAGCAUCUAAAACAUACGCACAUUACGUGACAUUGACAGUUUUGGGUGAGUGUAAUCUAGUGUUUUGUUAUUAUUAUCGUUCACUGGAUAAAUUGUGCGAGAACUAAAUUUAUAUUUAAAAAUGAGGUUGUCUGGUAGAAAGGAUCAAGCGAUUAAACAAUUGAUAACUGAUAUAAAAAACAUAAUUGAAAAUCAAACUUUGCAAUAAAUAAAAAAAUCGUUAAAUAAAAUAAACUUCCAUCAUGUUUAUACGACGUAAGUCUUCAAAAACCGUACAAUAUAAAAAAGCACGCUAACUGCUAAAAAGGUGUAAUUUUGUUUGAAAACAAAAAACCUACACCUUGUAGGUGCACGUUUAAUUUCUUUCUUUCGUUUAGAACAAAGUUUCAAAUUGUGCUUCUUUUCUUCGACUUUAAUCAUAAACUACCUAAAUUCUUUUCUAUUCAUUUCUUAGGUUUUACACAAGAAAAACAUAAAUCCCAUUUAAAAAUUCAUACAAAUAUAGUCGCAUGUUUCAUGAAUCAAAAUGAUGGUGCUUUUUAAUCAAACCGUUUGCAUUAUAUCCUAUGUACUCGUACUUCAUGUAAAAUAUCACCAACUUUGAAACUUACUAUAGCAGUUAAUAAUGAUAUAGUUUAUAGCAAUUAGACUGCACCAUUUUUGUUUGAUUUUCAGAUGAACCU